AUGACGGAAUACAAACAUCACGCAGAAAACAGCACUCAACAGGUGAUUCAAUCUGCUGAGCCAUACGACUUGGAGUUUGUGACUCCAAAGUCGUUUGUAGACUCUUCGUUUUUCCAGAAGCUAGGUAGCCUCAAGCUAGACUCCUACAAGCUGGAUAACUCGGCCAAGGACAUUUAUGGGUACUAUAACUUCAGGUCUAUAGUCAACAACUCAGUUCCGAGUAUAGCGCUGAAUGAUUUAUGCUUUGAAGACUCGAACGAACUGGAGAAUUCUCUUCCUGCGGGGUACAACCUCAUAGUCAAGGGCUCUUUGUUCAACGUGAACACCAUUGAGGAAUUCAAGAAAAUAGAUAAGGCCACAUUUUUGAGAGAAGCUGGCUCGAGGAUGUAUGAUAAGAUCCGAUCAGGCGAGGCUUUCAAGAAUCCCCAGGCUCUAAUGGAGUUCAAUUUGCUGACAUUUGCAGACUUGAAAAAAUUCAAGUUUUACUACUGGUUUGCGUUUCCAAAGUUGACGAUUGACUGGGUUGUCAUUUCAAAGACGGUAUUUGCUUCUGACUCGCGGAUCAACUAUCUCGAAACUUGGCUCAAGGAAAAUCCAAAAGAACAAGCGUUUCUGCUAUCUGGAGAUGACAUACAUUCGCUUAGUGAUAUUGAUCUGUUGGAGGAGGGAGCUGCUUGGACAUUGGGAUUCAUCGACACCGGGACGACCAAGGCCAAUGUACCCUCGUACCAGCUGCAGAACGUUCUGGCCGCGCUGGCGAUUAAAGGCGUCCGCAAAGUGACUGUAGAUGUGUUCAGGUUCAACCACAGUGCUGACAGUUUUUCAAUGGAGCUCUCAUUGAAAUCAAAAGAAGACUUACCAGAGACAUGUCCCCGAGUGACAGGGUGGGAAAGGACUGGGCAGAACAAGUUGGGUCCUAAAUUGGCCAACCUCGGUUCUUUGAUUAACCCUGAGCAACUUGCCGAUCAAGCUAUUGAUCUGAAUCUGAAACUGAUGAAAUGGAGAGUGUCUCCUAAUCUUGAUUUGGACACAAUCAAAGCGACAAAAUGCCUGCUUUUGGGCUCAGGGACUCUAGGAAGCUAUGUGGGCAGGGCGUUGCUCGGAUGGGGUGUUCGCAAUAUCACAUUUGUGGAUAAUGGAAAGGUUUCAUUCUCCAAUCCUGUUAGACAACCAUUGUUUAAGUUUGAUGAUUGUUUAGACGGCGGUGCACCCAAAGCAGUAGCAGCAGCGGCAGCUAUGAAGGAGAUAUUUCCUCUGUGCAAUGCAGUGGGAUAUCAGCUGGAGGUGCCAAUGGCUGGACACCCCGUGACUAAUGAGGAAAGCCAGAAGAAACAAUUUGAACAACUUGCAGAGCUGAUUGAGAGGCACGAUGCCAUUUUUCUUUUAAUGGACUCUAGGGAAACCAGGUGGUUGCCCACGAUUAUUGGAAAUUCCAAGCAUAAAAUUGUCAUAAAUGCAGCCCUUGGCUUUGACAGCUACUUGGUGAUGCGCCACGGUUGUCUGAGACCUGAAACAGACCUCACAGCUGAAGAUCAGGGAGAUAGAUUGGGAUGCUAUUUCUGUAAUGAUGUCGUUGCUCCAUCUGACAGUACUACAGACAGAUCUCUGGAUCAGAUGUGCACUGUCACGAGGCCUGGUGUGGCUUUGAUAGCUUCUGCUUUGGCAGUCGAACUCCUAGUUUCCAUUCUUCAGAAUCCUGAGAGGCAAUACGCCGAUGCUAAUGAUAGUAAGAAUGCAACCAUAUUGGGGGAACUGCCUCAUCAAAUGAGAGGGUUUUUGCACAAGUUUGAAACAGUCAAAGUCCAAGCCACUAACUACAAAUACUGUUCGGGCUGUUCGCUCAAAGUGCUUAAAGAGUAUGAAGACGAAGGAUGGGAGUUCGUCAAAAAGGCUUUGGAGAGUUCCAAGUACAUUGAAGACCUUACUGGACUAACUCAGGUUCACGAGGAGGCAGAGUUGGCAGCCGAGGGUCUCGAGCUUAUUGAUAGCGAGGAUGAAUGGGAAUAG